AGAAACUCGACCUCUCGACAAACUGAAAACCGACUGACAUAAAAAUCAGUUUUAUCGGCAAAUCUUAGCGAUAAAGAAAACCAGUUCAUGAUAGAACGGACUUCAGAUUCAUUUAGUUGCGAAGAAGGAGACCCGUUCUACAGGAAGUAUGAAGUGGUGACACUUCUGAGACAGGGACGCUAUGGAACGAUGUACAAAUGUUUCAACAAGGACACCAAGGAGACUUGUGCAGUGAAGUUCCGCAAACGAUUCAGCGCACCCACCAAUGAAUUGGAAAUACUGAAAUACAUGCAGACGAAGAACCUGGAUGAGUGCAAUAUCGUCAGGUUCAUUGAGUCACACAGAAUAUGGCAGGGCACACGUGCUAUUGUCUAUGAGACGCUGGAUGUGACUCUGAGUGACUGCAUACAAGACUGUAGGCCCCUGAAUUUACGUGAUGUCAGGAGUGUGGUCCAACAGCUGGCCACAGCAUUAAAUGCCCUGAAGGCCAUGGAACUCAUCCACGCAAAUAUUAAGUUAUCCAACAUCAUGGUGGUGGAUCGAACAGCGCAGCCCCUCAGGGUGAAGCUCAUCGACUUCACAUUGGCUUUUCCAACUUGUAGGGCUGAUGAGGAGAGGAACAAGACUCAUCAAGCUAUGGGCUACAGGGCUCCAGAAAUUUUUUUGGGAUUGCCGUUUUCAGAGGCCAUUGACAUGUGGUCUUUAGGAGCUGUGAUGUUGGCACUGGUUUGUGGUUAUGGGCCCCUCUGGACAUCAAGUAAAUAUGAAACAGUAAGUCAUUGA